AUGCGGAAGCAAACCCUACACCCGCAGUCUAUUGCCAUGGAGAACCCGUUGUAUAUCCCAGAGUCCAGUUCAACACCAAGUCAUAUUUCUAUACCUAAUGAGGAGAACACGAAGUUUGAAUGUCGUAUUGGGUUGAACACAAAGGCUUCUAACAACGAUGGUGACUGCAUGAUAGAAGAUCGAGUGGAUGUUAACACACCCUUGCCUCAAUCACUUGUGACCAACAAUGAAACAACAGGGCCCAACAUGCAGGUUACUUCUGUUACACCGAUGACACCACCAUUUAAUGAUUGUGAAUGCAUGUCCGAAGAACGCCUAAAUGAUAACACAACCUUGCCACAAUCAGUCCUGACCAACAACGAUGAUGGUGAGGGAGGUAUAUUUGAAGAGGAUGAGGAAGAGGACGAGGCAUACCUAUUUGCUGGGCAAGAUGAGGAAGAUGGUGAAGAUAUUCACAACAAUGACCUUAAGGAAGACACCACUUUUGUCCUAGAAGUACCUGACCAAUAUGAAAAGGUGUAUAGUAACAUGCCUACAGAUACCCAUAUGUUAAAACCUGUCGCGAAUUGCAAGCACUGCGAUGCGAAAAGGUUUGAUCAUGAACCACUUGGGUUCUAUUGUCGUGAUGGAAAGAUCAAGCUCAAUGAACUAAACGUACCUGAUGAGCUUAUGAGGCUUUGGUCAAGCAAUGAUGCAAAUGCUAGGCACUUUCGUGACAACAUUAGGUUUUUUAACGGUCAUUUCUCUUUCACUUCUCUAUAUUGUCGCCUUGAUAGAGCUACUGCAAGCAUGAAAAAUAGUGGCAUAUACACCUUUCGUGCACACGGCCAGAUCUAUCACAACAUAAGGUCAUUUGGUAGAGAAAAUGGUAUGGAGCAAAGACAUCUUGAGCUUUACUUCUAUGACGACGAUCCAAGCCUUGAGCACCGCUACCGACGAUGUCGUGAAGAGCAGUGCCAAAAGGACAAGGAAGUUAUUCAGAGACUCAUGGCCAUCCUUCGUGACAACCCAUACUCACAACAACUUAGGAGUAUGGGCCAGACCGAACACCUUGAGGACUACCAUGUCGCACUAAACCUUGACCAGAGGUUGGACCAGAGAACAUAUAAUGUGCCAUUGGCAUCAGAGGUGGCUGCUAUUUGGAUCGAAGGAAGCGAGCUCCUUGGUCAGUUCCAGUAUAGUGUUGUUCUGCAUGGGAAAGAUAGAAGCAUAAACGGCAUCUGCUCAUAUCAUGGAUGCUAUGACGCUCUUUCAUACCCUUUGUUCUUCCCUAGGGGUGAGCUUGGGUGGCAUAUGGAUAUUCCAAAAAAAGGAAUGCGGCCAGGGAUAUUUAAUCCUAUACUUUACGGCAAGCGUCUUUUUCAACAGUUUGCGGUUGACACAUACAUCAAGAUUGAGAGUUCUCGGUUGGAUUAUAUACGCAACCAUCAAGAUGAUAUUAGGGCUGACCUCUACCAAGGAUUGGUUGAUAGUCUGCAUGCUGGUGAGGGUAGAGCAGACGCUAUUGGAAAGCGGACUGUGAUGCCUUCAUCAUUUAUUGGAGGCCCACGUGACAUGAGACGUCGGUACAUGGAUGCCAUGGCUUUGGGCAAGGAUUCAUACCCAGUAUAUAGACGACGUGAAGAUGGGCGAAAAGAAAAGGUUCGUGGACACGAGCUUGAUAAUAGAUGGGUUGUGCCUUAUAACCUGUAUCUCCUUCGUCUGUUCAACUGUCACAUCAAUGUUGAGGCAUGUGGGAGCAUCAAGGCAGUCAAGUAUUUAUUUAAGUACAUUUACAAGGGUCAUGACCGGGCAUCUGUGGCUGUGAGAGAGGCUGACAAAGGGGACAAUGAAGGGAACGUCGAUGAGAUCAAGCAAUAUAGAGAUGCUAGAUGGGUAACCCCUCCAGAAGCAUUAUGGAGGAUAUAUGGUUUUGAUUUAAGCAAUAGGAAUCCUUCUGUAUUGUCCUUACAGCUCCAUCUUCCAGACAUGCACAUGGUGUCAUUUCACCGUCGUGAGGUGGUUCGACGAGUGCUUGAUCGUCCAGGUGUUGAAAAGUCGAUGCUUACAGCAUACUUCAACAAGAACAUGACAGAUGAAGCAGCUAGAGGUGUAUUGUACCGAGACUUCCCCGAGUUCUAUACGUGGAAUCCGAUGGCCAAAGAAUGGAUUAGAAGGAAACAAAAGAAUUUACGACAGAUUGGAAGAAUUGUGGCUACCAAUCCAGCCGAGGGGGAGCGUUACUAUCUUAGGGUUCUCCUAAACCAUGUGGCGGGUGCAACCUCCUUUGAGUGUUUAAGGACCGUGGACGGCAAACUCCUACCGACCUUUCGUGAAGCUGCAGAGAGAAGGAGCCUAAUCGAAGAGGACAACACGCUGAAUGAGAGUCUCGCUGAGGCAACUGGGUGGAUGAUGCCAUAUGCGCUGCGAAGGCUCUUAGCAACGAUAUUGGUAUUUUGUGAGCCCAGUGAUGUGUUUGGACUGUGGGAGAAACACAAGGAGGCAAUGUCAGAGGACUACAAGCGCAAUAAUCAAUCCACCUUCAUGGUGGAGCAGAUGGUCCUGAUAGAUAUUCAAAAAUUGUUACAAUCGAUGCAAAAGGAUAUAAAGAUGUACCCACUUCCUGAUAUCGACGACACAUAUGAUGCCUAUCGUGAUAUUCCUAGAGAGAUUUGUGAGGAGGCUAGCAUUGAAGCUAACGAGGAUGAUGUGGCUUUGUUAGGCACCCUUAACAAGGAGCAGCGAGCUGCAUAUGAUGAGAUUAUGUCCUCAGUUGAUACCGAGUAUUGGGGUCUAUUUUUUGUGGAUGGUCCUGGCGGGACUGGAAAGACUUAUUUGUAUAGAGCACUUCUCGCUACUAUACGUAGUCAGAAAAAGAUUGCUGUGGCAACAGCUACUUCUGGUGUCGCAGCCUCAAUAAUGUCUGGUGGUAGAACUACACAUUCGCGCUUCAAGAUUCCUCUCACCAUUGAUAAUGGGGCAUGUUGCACCUUCACGAAACAAAGUGGUACUGCCAAGUUGCUUCGAGCAUCAUCUCUCAUUAUUUAG